AUGAAUAACAAAAGAUAAACAAUCGAAGAUGCUAUGAGGGCUGAACAAAUAAAUUCUUAUCAACCCUAGUAAUAAGGUGGCUAUCAAAAUUAUUAUGGCUAUGCUUCUAAUGUGAAUUACAGAUACCAACCCAACAUUCCUGCCUAAUAUCAAUAUAAUCAAUAUUAUCAAUAUAAUUAUCAAGGAGUCGGAAAUCAAUGUAAGCCAUUAUUAAUGACAUAGAAACAAUGAUGCAAAACAACUUUUAUAGAGCUCCUCAAUUUGUUCAAUAACCGAAUACGGUUUUCAAUUAAUAAUAAAAUAAAUUCCAACCACCACCACAACAAUAAUUUGGCAAUCCUCCGUUGCCUUAAUAAUAAUCUGUGUCACAACAGCUUAAUCAAUAAUCGACAUAGUAAUAAUCGUCAAAGAUUCAAAUCGAAACCAAUAAUGAUCAUCAAUUUCUGCCUCCAGUCAAUAUUUCAGAACUGGAUCAACCCACCAGAUGGGAAAGCGAACUCAAGGUCUAUUCGUAUCUUUAUCGCAAACUCAACGUCGAGAUGCCUAAUUUAGUUAGUAAGAUUGUUGCUUAAAUUAAAUAGGCGCUAGAUUUUGCAAUUCCAGAGAAGUAUUCAAUGAGUAAUCAUCGAUUACUGUGAAGUAGUAUGUUGAAAGGGCAUUUAACAAAUGCCAGUCUGAUGAGGAGAGGAACAUCAUGGAAUAACAUCUAAAAGCCACUAUUGCUGAGGCUAAACGGAAGAAUGAAUAUACUAUCAGAGACUGGUCUAAAUUUCCUUUGCCCACACUUCAAAGAGAGAAUUAAAUACGCACGCAGUCCUUAUUUUCAUCAAACUUACAAAUUAAACAAAGCACAGCUAUGGCAUUGUCGUCAUUAGGCUAAACUAGUAAAUUUGGGGCACCAAGUCAAGCUCAACCUACUGGACCAGCUUAAAGUAAUGGUUCUUAAUAAUAGAAAUUACAGCAUCUACUAAUUUGCACAAUUUGAUCUCAUUAUACGAUUAAUUGGUUCAGUAAUAGGUUGAAUCAAUCAAUCAAAAUCAUAUGAAAAAUAAGAAAAUUGACUAUAGCAUGGAUUUGGCUAUUCUGUAGAUUGGAAAAUUGUAACCCAAUGCUACUACAUAAAUAAAAUAACAAUAAAAAUAGUUAAAAAAAAGAAUAGAAGAAGAAGACCAAAUUAUUGAAACAAAUAUGAAAAUCAUAGUAUAAUGGAAUUUCAUUUAUUUUUAAGGGGACAUGUGAAGAUCUAGAAAAACCUUAUUUUAGACUAACUGGUUUGCCAGAUCCUAAUAUGAUUAGACCUGAGCAUAUCUUAAAAAAAGCCCUUGCAUAAUUAUUAGAUAAGUGGAAAAACUGUCAAGCUGAUUACAAUUUCAUAAUUGAAUAAUUUAGAUCAAUUCGACAAGACCUCCUGGUCUAACACAUCGAAAAUAGAUUCACCGUACAAGUCUACGAAGAAAAUGCCCGAAUCUGUUUGGAAUGCGGGGAUUUCCCUAGAUAUGAAAGUUGUUGGACAAUGCUGGUGGACUUAUAUGAGAUGAUCAGUAUUAGCGAGGGCAAAGAUGUGAAUCUCAUUGGGAACAAAGUCGAGUUCGAUAGUUACAGAAUAUUCUACCUCACCAUGUUGAACAAAUAAGAUUAAUUAGUCAAGAUAAUGCAUCAAAACCUAGAUGAUUCAAGAAUCAAAUUCGCAUUGGGGUACAAUAUUCAAUCUCAUAUCAUUCCAGAUUAAGAGAAUCUUUUAAGUGUGGCAAUUAUGUUAAACUAUUUAAAGAUUACAAGGAAUCAAGUGACACUAUGGGGAGUAUCAUUAAUCACUUUUUAGUAAGAAUCAGAGUUAGGGCAUUGAAAUAAAUUGUUAAAACGUAUAUAAUAUUAUAUCAUAAUCAUAGUUACAUUUCUAACAUUGAUCUUGAAUACCUUGCCGAUCUAUUAGCAUUCUAAGAUGUUGAAUAAUUUAAAUAAUUCAUGCAAUUUUUUGGUAUCAUAACCUUUUUACUUUUUUAGAUUUAGUAAGAUUUGAUGAAACUUUAAAGUUUUUAUUAAUAAAAUAAAGCAUAAAUGCUUUUGAUAAUAUCAAUUUUGAUAAAAUGA